CGCAAAUCCCCCAGUUCUCGUUCGUUCUUUGUCCAAACCCGUUUCCUGUAGGUAAGCCUCUCUCUCUCUCUCUCUCUCUCUCUUUGUCCAAACCCGUUUCCUGUAGCUCUUUUAGUACUUUUCAAUCAUGGAUGCCAGCAGGGGCCAGAAUGGAAUUCAACAGCUGUUGGCCGCAGAGCAAGGAGCUCAGCACAUAGUCAAUGCUGCAAGAACUGCAAAAAUGGCUAGACUAAAACAAGCCAAGGAGGAGGCAGAAAAGGAGGUUGCUGAAUUUCGUGCACAGAUGGAAGCUGAGUUUCAAAGAAAGGUUGCUGAGAGUAGUGGGGACUCUGGUGCUAAUGUGAAACGUCUUGAACAAGAAACAGAUGCAAAGAUCCAUCAUCUAAAGACAGAGGCUGCAAGAAUUUCUCACGAUGUUGUCCACAUGCUUUUGAGACAUGUCACAACUGUGAAGAACUAAGAUCUUGGAUUAAGCUCGAUGGUCCAGAUUGUAUGGGAUGCUCUCUUCCCUUUAACAUCUACAUUAAAACUUGUGAUUUCUGACUUGUGACUAUGAGAAGAAUGCCUUUGUCUUUGGCUCUGCGUUCAUCAUUUGUAUUGGUUGACUGCAUUAGUGGAUUGAAAAACCUCCCACUGUGUUUCUAUUUAUCAAUAAUCAAUGCUAGUGCAGAGAACAUUUCUCCUGUGCUAGUUCAGGAA